AUGGAAAUAUCUGUUGGGAAUUUUCACCGGAGGAUUUCGAUCCGAUGUCCAGCCCGGAGCCUGUGCAUCGACUCGACAAAGAUACGGGUGGGCUUCUAUUGUUCGCAAAAACCAAGGCGUCUAGCCGCGCCCUGUGUCGCAUUCUGCGCGAGCAUCGAGUGCAAAAACGAUACCGGGCAAUUCUGCGGGGACAUGUACAGCUGCCAAACCACGAACACAGCACAACAGAACACGGUGGUGCAGGCGAACGAAGAGAUGUUGACGCUGCACACAGCAGGGAAGAUAGUAGCCAGCGAGCGCGGUCAGUAUUCGUAUCAACCUCGCACUCGUCGUCGGAAACGGGAGCCAGCGUCGGCAUCAAGCUUGUCCAGCUCGAACAAAUGCUGUUUGCCAACCUUUCGGCCGUGGACUCCGACGAGAAGGACCAAAUGCGAAGAAGUAGUCUACUGCCACCGACUUUCCACGUGA